AGCAGCUAAUGCUGUUGUUAUAGUCAAUGCAGAAUUUUUGGUAAGGGUUAGAGCUAAGAGAUAGAGUUCGAGCAUGUUUAGGAUAGGACAAAGCCAUAUUAAUAACCACUCUAUCUAUUGGCCAUUACCUUUAGUUGUAACGGCCUUGAGCAGCGACUGCUACAAUGGCUUCUGAAAUUGACCUCUCUAGUUUCAGUUCGAAUUCAAGCUCAGUAGGAUCAAAUUGUCAUGAACACAAGAUGAUUUUGGAAGAUGAGGAGGGGUUGGAGAUGGAUGACUUUGAUACAGAAAUCACGUCUCCAACUGAACUACUGGAAAUCGAUCCAUUGCCGAAAGCCAUUGUAAAAGCAAGUUCUGCUAAGAGUGAUAUGGUUAGUCUGGAGUUGAAUGGAGAAGGUGUUUUCUUGACAUGGGAGGAUCUAUGGGUGACAGUCACCGUGGGAAGAAGUGGGUGUAAAACAAUCCUUCAAGGGCUCACUGGGUAUGCUCAGCCUGGAGAGGUCUUGGCCAUUAUGGGUCCUUCUGGUUGUGGCAAAUCUACUCUUCUUGAUGCCUUGGCAGGGCGUCAAGGUCCAAGCACAAGGCUACAUGGAAAUAUGCUUGUCAAUGGUGUAAAACAAACUCUAGCAUAUGGGACUUCAGCUUAUGUCACUCAAGAUGAUCUUCUAAUGACAACAUUAACAGUUGAAGAAGCUGUAUACUACUCUGCUCAGCUACAACUACCUAAUUCAAUGUCGAGGUUGGAGAAGAAGGAAAGAGCAGAGAUGACUAUAAAAGAAAUGGGUUUACAAGAUGAGAUGCACACACGUAUAGGGGGAAGGGGCACCAAAGGGAUUAGUAGUGGGCAGAAGAGGAGAGUGAGCAUUUGCAUUGAGCUAUUGACACACCCUAAGCUUCUAUUCCUAGAUGAACCAACAAGCGGGCUUGACAGUGCAGCAUCUUACCAUGUCAUGAAAAGAAUUGUGAACCUUGCUCAACAAGGGGGAAAGACUGUCAUCACAUCUAUCCAUCAACCUACCUUUGAAGUCUCUGAGCUUUUUGACAACCUCUGCCUUCUCUCUUGUGGUAGAACAAUUUACUUUGGUGCUGCUUCUGCAGCAAAUGAGUUCUUCGCAUUGAAUGGCUUCCCAUGCCCAACCCAGAGGAACCCAUUUGAUCACUAUCUUAGGAUAAUCAAUAGAGACUUUGAUGAGGACAUCGAACAAGGCCUUGGUGGAAGGAUCCUAACAACUGAUAAAAAGGUCGACAUUCUUGUACAGUCAUACAAGUCAUCUGAUACUUUUCAACGAGUGAGGAACAAAAUAACUGAGUUAUCUCAGAAGGAAGGAGCAGCAUUGGAAAAGAAUGGUGGCCAAGCUAGCUUUCUUACCCAGUGCCUUGUUCUUACAAGAAGGUCCUUUAAGAACAUGAAUCGUGAUCUAGGCUACUUUUGGUUGCGGUUUAUAAUGUACAUCCUUUUGUGUAUAUGCCUAGGCACCAUCUUUUAUGAUAUCGGCACCAGCUUUGGCUCAAUUCAGGCCAGAGGAUCACUGCUCAUGUUUGUAGCUACACUCGUAACAUUUAUGUCCAUCGCUGGAUUCCCUUCUGUUGUCGAGGACAUGAAGAUCUUUGGACGAGAAAGACUAAACGGGCAUUAUGGAGUCGGAGCAUAUGUUAUCAGCAACACACUCUCUUCCAUUCCUUACUCGCUUCUAAAUGCUAUGAUUCCUGGAGCUGUAGUUUAUUAUCUUGCCGGCCUUCAACGGGGAUUUGAACACUACUUGUACUUUGGCUUGCUGCUAUUUGUGUGCAUCAUGUUAGUUGAAAGCCUGAUGAUGGUUGUUGCAAGCAUUGUGUCAAAUUUUCUGCUGGGACUAAUUGUAGGAGCUGGAAUUCAAGGGUUGAUGAUGAUCAAUGACGGCUUCUUUCGGUUGCCAAAUGAUAUCCCUAAAAUUUUGUGGAAAUACCCAGUACACUACAUUGCAUUUCAUAGGUAUGCUAACCAAGGCUUCUAUAAGAAUGAGUUUGAAGGUUUAACAUUCCCUAAUCAGGCAGGAGGGCCGCCCACCUUCACUGGAGAUGAAAUUUUGAGGAACGUGUGGCAAGUCCAGAUGGAUUACUCCAAGUGGGUUGAUCUUGCUAUCUUGUGUGGGAUGAUUGUUCUGUAUCGUCUCAUGUUCUUUCUUAUUGUAAAGGCAGUUGAAAUGGUCAAGUCCAUUGUCAUCUCCUUCAUUACUGUUGUCCCUCCCUACAGACAAAAGAUACAAACCAUGGAAAGCCUUCAUCCUCACCAGGAAGAUCUGUAAUGGUUUUCGACAAUUAACUUGUAAGCUUGUUUAAUCUUGAUGAGAAAAAAUCAUUUCAAGGUCACUUGUAUUCA